UUAUUUUUCGAGAGUCACAAAAUGUUUUCAAAAUGAUUUUCUCUUGAAGGACAUUCGAAAAAAAUCUGUUUUAAGCAUGAAUAUUUUAAGAAAUAUAUCCCAAACAUUGCUGAAGAAUGUUCGGCCUCAAAUACGAGUUAGUGUUCGUAAUCAUAAUUUUGAUGGAGAUGUCUUUCAGCGUUCGGAAGUAAAUAUGUUAAGUAAAGAAGAUUCUGAUGUUAUAUACAUAGAGACAAUCAGUUCUCGUGGCUUCAAACUUAAUAGUGGCUUUAGAAUUAUUGGUCCUUGCAUCAUAUUUCCCCGAACUGUUUUACACUGGAAUAUCAACACUGCUCAGGAAAUAAACGAAAACUCUUUAUCUCUAUUUCCACUUUUAGAACCCAAAUUAGAUAUAUUACUGAUAGGUAUUGGAGAUCGUGGAGAACAAUAUGACCCAGAUAUAAUACGAUUUUUAAGAAGUAAAAAACUUAAUGUAGAAAUCUUACCAACGGAACAAGCUUGUGCAACGUUUAAUUUUAUCAACUCGGAAAGACGAUAUGUUGCAGCAGCUCUUUUACCUCCAAAAUAUGAUAAAGGAGAAGACCCUUUUUUCUUUAAUGAAGUGAAAGAUGAACUUGACAAAUUAUAUUUAUAUGAUAGAGACAGUGAAGGACACCGGAUAGCUGAGGAUACAGAUCAUGAAUCUGUAAGUGAACCCUCCCAUAUGCAGAGGAAAGGAACAUUUCUACCUAUAGACAAAACCCAAGAUAAAAAGAAAAAAUGAAAAUCAGUAUACUGAAUAGAUUUUACUUUUAGAAGCAAAAUGUGUGAAAAGAUGAAGAUUUCUUUGGAGUUCAAAGUCAUGUUAAAUGGAGAAUACCCAAUCUUCUCAAUUCCAGGAAAGUUUGUCAUGAAACUUUAUCAUUUGGGUGUUUGUAAUCAUUUAUAGAAUUUAGCUGUCUUGUUUAAUCUAAUUUAAUUAUAAUAUAAAGUACCGGUACUAUAGUCUCACGUCACCAGCUAGUGUAUUUUACAGCUUAAAUGUUUACAGGAAAUUAUCGGGACUAUUGCACUUUCGCACCUCUACCAGUUCCUGUGGUCGUAGAGCCUUGAAAUUAGCAAGGGAUGUUCAGGGGGACUAUCCCUGAUAAUAGAGCAAGAAAUAUGGCCAUGGCGCACAUAAACGCAAAGGCACCGAUAUCGAUGGGAAGUUUAGAGUCAGGUCAAAGUCCUGGUCACGGUUGAUUAGCGUUGAUGACCGGAUGUCACCACGAAUUUCAUAUUGACCAUGCCCAUUGUCUUCCUUUUGAACACGGGCCCUCUGUGUUUGACCAUUUUCUGACCAAGCAAUGUGUGACAGGACAAAGGUAAACGUCGAUGAUGGGAUCACGGUGGCUAAGUGGGUAAGGCGCUGGCUCUCUAGCCUGGAGGUCGGGUGUUCGAUCCCUGCAUUGGCCGAGAAAGUUCAUCCAGAUUUUCCGGCGUGAUUCCCCCUUGUCAGUGAUGCAGGACGGAGGGCCUGACAAGGACAGCUGUCUAGUCAUUCGGAUGAGACGAAAAACCGAGGUCCCAUGUACACAUUGGCGUGCACGUAAAAGAUCCCUUGACAGUUGGAAUUCGAUAUAAGAGUAGGCCGUAGUGCCGCUGUCCGGGCAAAAUUUCCCUCAUAGCACACUGUAUGGUGUAUGCCCGUCUUCAUUAGCCCAGUUCAGAGUAAAAGAGUAGGACGUUAAACCCCAUUUCAUUUCAUUUGUAAACGUCGAUGGUCCAAGCCAAGAUAAUGGCCUUUUAAAAUGGAUAUGGGGUGAAGGUCAAAUGUCCCAAAACUGCCUUUGAGUUCAGUUUUCUGUAACAUGACCUUGGCCCAUGACUUUGACCCAGUUAUCUUUUCUGAAGGGUGUUGUCUCUGCUUUCACGGCGAACAUUGACCUUGAUAAAACAGCAAGAAAUAGGGACGUAGCACAUAUAAGAGCAAAGGUCUCGAUCUUGGUGGGAAAUUUGACGUCAAGGUCACAGCGAUAUUCACAUGUAAAGGCCAGUUCAUCUAGUCAUCGCCAAAUAGUUGUUUAUAAAAAAUGUUGGCUUAGCGCAAAAGUUAAAAUAUACAAAAAUUAUUAUUAUUAUUAUGAAUUGCAGUGUUAGGCAGGAAGCGCAGUGUUUCGGAAUUCGUCUUAGUGUCUUGUUAUUCGAGUCUAAAUAGUCAACAAAGAAAAUGGCGUCGAACGGAUAAGCUCGUAUCUCGUCUGAAGAUAAAAAGUCGGUAAAAUAAAAAGUUAUUGAUCGAUUCGGCUGAAAUUUGGUUUGAGAUCAUGGAUGCAAAUUUCAAGUCUCUAUGACCACGGAAACUUGUAGAGGUGCGAAAGUGCAUUUAUCUAUGUUAAAACUUGUUAGGUAGCAAUUAACGUUAUUGGAAAUUGUGUUUAGUGUGAGUUGUAUUAGGGGACAGCAAAGAUGCUCUUCUUUAGUCCACUUCAUAUAGAAUAUCAGUGAAUAAAUGAAAAUCAUCCCCUAGAUUUGCUUGAAUUUAUAUGUUCAAAUUAGUGAUGUCCAUUUCAACAUGGUUUCUCCUUGUCAGUGGUGCAGGAUGAGGGCCUGACCAGUGCAGCUGUCUAGUUGUUUGGAUGAUACAAAAAAAACCAAACAAACGAGGUCCCGUAUAUACAUUGACAUGCACAUAAAAGAAUCCUUGCCAGUUGGAAUUUAAUAUAAGAGUAGGCCAUAGUGCCACUGCCCGAGCAAAAUUUCACUCACAGCAAACUGUAGGAUGUUAAACCCCAUUUCAUUUCCAUUUCAACGAUUCCCAUUAAUUACUCCAGUUAUCACAACAAUCUAUUAAAAAGAGUUGUUUGAUCUGCUAGAUAUUUAUAUGGAUUGUUCAGAUUAUUGAACCAAAAUCUUCUCUAUUAUCUUGUUAAUAACGUAACAGUCAAAUUCAUUGAUUGUUGCGAUGAACAAGUCCAUCAAAAUAUAUUAUUAAAUCUAGA